CCAAAUCUCCAUAUAAGGAAAGCAACCCCCUCUUCACUUGCUACAUUUCAAAUCUCCUUCCGUUGCACACCACUCCAACAAUGGACGACUUCGAGGACUUCCGCCCGGUACCUCUGCACGACGAUCUCACCAGCGACCGUCGCGAAUGCGACUCCCCAUCUUCCGCAUCGACACCAAGUCGCCACGAAAAGUCACUCGGACUUCUCACGUCGCGUUUCGUCGCGCUCCUGCAAGAGGCAAAAGACGGCGUGCUCGAUUUGAAAAAGGCGGCUGACACGCUGGCCGUGCGUCAGAAGCGACGGAUUUAUGAUAUAACGAAUGUUCUGGAGGGUAUCGGGUUGAUCGAGAAGAAAUCGAAGAACAGCAUCCAAUGGAAGGGUGCCGGCCCCAGUUCUAAUUCAGUCGAAGUGACUACUCGUUUAAGUAGCCUGAAGGGAGAUCUGCACAGACUUCAAAACAUGGAAUGCGAUCUCGACGAGCAGCGAGUUCGCUUGCAGUCGAGUCUGAAGAGCAUAGCAGAGGACACUAUCAACGAUCAGUACGCAUACAUUACACACGAAGAUAUCUGUAGAAUACCGUCGUUUCAAGGCGAAACAAUAUUGGCCAUUCAAGCACCUUCAGGGACUGAGCUGGAGGUUCCGCUCAUGCCACCACAGAAUGGGAGUGAUCCCGGUCAGCAGUAUUGUCAGAUCCAUCUGAAGAGUCAUAAUGGUCCAAUCAACGUCCUGCUGGUCGACCGUGAUGAGGCCAUUUCAAGUGUAUUGGAAGUUGCGUCUCAAGAUGGUAGUGAUGGCGAGAGACAGAGUCCGAUGUCACUGGGCAACACGCAGACAACUGCGUCGCCAGUCAUACGCACUAGUCUGUCGUCUGGUAUUGUGGCUGAUCAUUCGCCGAUGUUGUCUUCGGCUGGAGCAUCAAGUAGUCAGGGCAGUGAGGCGGUUGAUCUGGAAGUAGCACGAACCGCUGGUGGAAGAUGGAAAGUAAAUGGAGAGAAGUCUGGCAAUAUUCCUAUGGAUAUGGAAGGUGACUACCUCAGCGACAUCGUGAACCAUGACGGAUUCGCUCCACUCCUCAGACUUUCCCCUCCGCCAGCAGACCAGGACUACUUCUUCAACUUGGAAGACACGGAGGGCGUCUGUGAUCUCUUUGAUGUGCCGAACAUGAGCUCAGUGAUUCCAUUCGAACAGACAGCGUGAUGUCAAUGUAUGUAUGUAUAUGGACUGCAGUUGGAUUUUAACAUGCAGUUAGGGGACAGUAUAAGGAAGCUUAUGUGGACAUUACAGAAAGUGAUUAAGAGGCAUGUUGGCUUCAUGUUAAGUUGGAUGGCUUUAAACGAGUUUGGAAAUCUGGUGCUUUAACGGUCGCAAUUUGUGGGAGAUUACUGAGCAUGCGUAGGGUGCAUGUCGUUUGCCUUUGUGAGGAUGUGAAUGGUACAUCUGCACUCUGAGUAGAUCACAUGUGGGUU